UUGCGUGAUUCAAUUCAGUGUCUUUCCCUGUUUCCCAUCUCUUUCUCUUCUUCUCUUUCUUUCCAGUGCCUCUUCUAGGAAUAGUACAGUCUCCUCUAUUGACUAUAAUGGCCACUGGAGGUGGAUCAGAUAAUAAUGAUAGGCCCAGGAUGUGGCGUAAGAGAGAGCACGAGCAUCUAAUUGAUGAUGGUGCUAGUGAACGCUCUCUCCGUCCUAGAUCUACUAAAGCACCAAGAAGGAGGACAUCAGAGCCUUCAGCUAGGCCUCCUACCCCUCGGCCAGUUGAUCCUCCUGUAAUUGAUCUUACGGUACCUUCACUUGAGACUAUUAGAAUUGACGUCAAUCUCCAUCAGCCUCCCUCCUCUCCCCCUCCUCCUCCCUCCUCCUCCUCCUCAACCGCUCGUCUAGUUCCAACAUCUAAUCCCUAUACCUCAAGCCACACCUUUUAUAGACACCACGGACAUUUCGUAAGACCUAGGCCCUAUAAUCUGAGGCCACGCCCACAGCAGACCCCAUCUGCCCCGCCUAGUACAACCACACCCACUACUUCUGCUCCAGAGGCUCCUCUUGUCCUUGAUAGCGAUUCUGAGGAUGAUCUGGACGAUGUCAUCAUUCUAAAUGAGACUCCACCAAGGUGGCAGAGCUUGUUUGAGGACUCAGUUGUUCCCGAAAAUCUUGAGUUUUUUGAGCCGGAAACGUUUGGCACUACCGUAUCAGUAAGAAGCAUUGAGAGGCAAAUGGAAGAAGGUGUUGCUCCUCCAUCGUUCUCAGCUUUUGAGGGUCCUUUUCAACGGGACUUCAUGCAGAGCUUCCUCACCGUCUCCUUUCCUCAUGUAACAGGUCAUUACGAUGGAAACUUCACUCGCCACUUUAUUGAGCAUCACAUGACACAGCUUCAACCAAUGCAAGUCAUUAGCUAUAUAAUGGGAACUACCGGUGCUACUUUUGGCGGAACCAUGGGAUCUUAUGAAGAUUGGUUAGAUUUAGCAGAGAGGCUUGGCCCAGGGAGGCCAUUGGGAUUACCAGAUGAUGCCAUUGAUGCUCUUCCUGUAAGGACUCAUCUUUCAAGUGAGUCUUCAGAUCCAGCAAAGACAAAUUGUGUAAUCUGUAUGAUGGAUUAUGAAGAUCAAGACACUAUUAAAAUACUUCCCUGCUCUCAUGAGUAUCAUUCGGCUUGCAUUAGCCCAUGGCUAAAGCAACAAAGAACUUGUCCUAUCUGUAGAAAUGAGCUAACUGUGUAAGAACUUGUACCAUUAUACUUAUAAUUGUUAUUGUUAUUGUUAAUUUAAAAAUCAUCAACUCAGUAUACUCAACAC